ACUACAGAUAUUAAUUAUUUAUUUAUUACAUUAUUCCAAAUUGUUUUUUAAAAUUAAGAUACACAACACAAAUAUUUUUUUAGUAAAAAAAUAAACUUUUUUAGUUUAGCUAAAUAGAUAGACUUCAUAAUAAAAAGAAAAAUGAACCCUGAAAGCAAAUAUAUUGAAUUUAAAACUAAGAAAGAUGAUUUAAUGAAAUAAUAUACUGAAACUUUUGUAAGCAUUGCAGAAUAGUUGAAAAUUUCUGAUAAUCCAUAUGAAGAAUAAUCUAAGCAAAACAUUUUAAGAAAAGAUGUAUUAGAGUUUUUGAAGGUAUCUUAGUAAUUGUUAAAUUUAAGCAACGAUAUUAAAAAGCAUGUUAUUUUAAACGAUGAUAUUUAUUAAACAAACGAUGAAUUUAAGCUCUCUGAGAAAGAUCUUUUAGAAAGAAAGUAAAAUCUUAGAUAUUCGUAUGAAAAUAAGUAAAAAGAAAUGGAAAUACAAAUAAAAGAGAGAUAGUAAAGAGUUCAUCAAUAAAAUUAGGCUAGCCAUCCAAAUUAACCUUAUGCUCCUAGCGGUAAUCCUCAAAUAUAAGGCUAAGGUAAUCAUCCAAAUGUCUAAUAUUAAAGAUAAAUGUAAACAGUUCCUGGCGGUCCUCAUAUAGUAAAUCCUAAUUAAUAAUAAAACAUGUAAAGCUAAUAGUAAUAAUAGUAUUAUUAGCAAUAAUAAAAUCCUUAAAAUUAAUGA